AUGUCCAUAUACAGAGUGUUCCAUAAUAAUCGCCCAUCCUCUCGUGUGCAGAUUGCUAAAUAUUAUAAUAUUCCUAAAUCAACGCUGUCAACGAUAAUAAAAAAUAAGGAACAAAUAUAUGAGUCAAUUGCGUCAGGAACCAUUACUCCGAAAACUAAACGCAUUCGUAGAGCACAAUAUGAAGAUGUCGAAACUGAAGUAUUAAAUUGGUUUAAUCAUAUGCGAGUUUCAAAUGUUUCGAUCAGUGGACCGCUAAUUCAGGAAAAAGCGAAAUCUAUAGCAGAUAAUUUAGGUACCGAAAAUUUUAAUUGUUUGAGUGGUUGGUUAUGGAGAUUCCAAGUUCGACACGGAAUAUCGUCACAAGCUGUUUGUGAUGAAUUAAAUAAAGUAAAUGAAGAACAUGCGAAUGAUUGGCUAUCUACUUUCGAAAAUAUUAAACAAAAAUUUGCUCCGCGAGAUAUUUUUAAUAUGGACGAGACUGGAAUAUUUUUUAAUCUUUAUCCAGAUCGUACUUUAAGCUUCAAGGGUAACAAGUGCCAUGGCGGUAAUAAGAGCAAGCAGAGAAUAACGGCUGUUUUUGUUUGCAAUUCUGAUGGUAGCGAAAAAUUGCCUGCUUGGAUUAUAAGAAAAUCAAAACAACCUCGCUGUUUUAAACAUAUUAAUUUGUCGACUUUAACUUGUCAAUAUACCUACACACCAUCAGAAUUCUUGGAUAGAUGCCGUAGCAUUUCUCCUGCCAAUACUACAAGCCGUCUUCAACCUUUGGAUCAAGGCAUUAUCGCUUUAAUUAAAAAAGAUUAUCGUAAACGACUAGUACGUGCUGCAAUUCAAGCUAUCGAAAGUCAGCAAAAAGUGUGUCAGUGGAAUAUUUUAAAUGCUAUACGAGCUAUUAUAUUAGCCUGGGACUCAGUUUCUGCAGAAAGCAUACAAAAAUGUUUUACAAAAGCAUGGUCUCGAUCAGGCAUCGAUCAGUCUCCUUUGUUGAAAGUUGUUACCGACGAGAAUUCCUGUGCAGAGUGGGAAUAUUUAAAAUCAAUUGAUAUAAAUGCGAAGGUAAGAAAAGAAUAAGUUAUAAUAAUAAUUAAUACAUAGCACACAUACAGUAAACCCUCGUCAACACGAACUCGAAGGGACCGCAAUUUGAGUUCGUGUUAACCGAGUGUUCGUGUUAACGAGGAAAUCUGGCCCCUCGUUAACACGAAUUUGUUCGUGUUAACCGAGUUCGUGUUAACAAGGGUUUACUGUAUUCGCGAAAAACUAUUUUUCACCCCCUUUCACCCUCUAUAAAAUUUUUAGCAGGGUUGGUACCGAUGGGGACUUUUGAAACAUUGUUUCAAAGGACAAUAUCUCGCUGUAUACCAAAAUCCAGCCCUAUGGGAAUGUUUCCGAAGAAAAUUUCUAAUUUGACUGGGCUGUACGGUGACGUGCCGUGCUACUCGCCGGUAAUGGCGUUCGCCCAAGAGUGAGAGAGAAGGCGAGUCCUCGGCGCCUAGCGCCGAACGUGGUGUCCUUCCUGGACGCGUAGUUGGCCUUUUGUCGUGCG